AUGGCUGCUCCAAUUUCCACCGUUGCGGAGAGCAAGGAGCUCCGAGGUCUCAACCUCAUCGCCGCCCAUUCGCAUAUCAGAGGCCUUGGUGUCGAUGCGGACUCGCUACAGCCUCGGGGUACUUCUCAGGGUCUCGUAGGCCAGGAGAAGGCCCGGAAAGCUGCGGCAGUGAUUCUGCAGAUGGUCAAGGAGGGCAAGAUCGCAGGUCGCGCCGUGCUGAUUGCUGGACCCCCUAGCACUGGCAAAACUGCGAUCGCAAUGGGUAUGGCCCAGUCGCUGGGAUCUGAUGUUCCUUUCACAAUGCUCGCGUCGUCAGAGAUCUUCUCGAUGGAGAUGUCCAAAACAGAGGCUCUCACCCAGGCCUUCCGGAAAUCAAUCGGUGUGCGCAUCAAGGAGGAGAGCGAGAUCAUCGAGGGUGAAGUUGUGGAGAUUCAGAUCGACCGUAGCGUCACUGGGGGCAAUAAACAAGGAAAGCUCACGAUUAAAACCACCGACAUGGAAACGAUUUACGACAUGGGCACCAAGAUGAUCGACUCGAUGACCAAAGAACGCGUGAUGGCCGGCGAUGUCAUCUCGAUCGAUAAGUCGUCUGGUAAGAUCACCAAGCUCGGCCGUUCUUACGCUCGCUCGCGCGACUACGACGCGAUGGGCGCCGACACCAAGUUUGUUCAGUGCCCCGAGGGAGAGCUGCAGGUCCGCAAGGAGAUCGUUCACACCGUCAGUCUGCAUGAGAUUGAUGUCAUCAACUCGCGGUCACAAGGAUUCCUGGCUCUGUUCUCUGGCGACACCGGCGAGAUCCGUAGCGAAGUCCGUGACCAGAUCAAUACCAAGGUGGCGGAGUGGAAGGAGGAGGGCAAGGCAGAGAUUAUUCCUGGCGUGCUCUUUAUCGACGAGGUCCACAUGCUGGACAUUGAAUGCUUCUCCUACAUCAAUCGCGCCCUGGAGGCCGAGCUCGCCCCCAUCGUCAUUAUGGCAAGCAACCGCGGCCAGGCUAAGAUUCGUGGUACCACAUACACAUCCCCCCACGGACUGCCCCUUGACUUCCUCGAUCGGGUAGUCAUUGUGAGUACCCAGCCAUACUCUGCCGAUGAGAUCCGCCAAAUUCUAGCCAUUCGCGCCCAGGAGGAGGAGAUUGAUGUUUCGCCAGAUGCUCUUGCCCUUCUGACUAAGAUCGGCCAAGAAUCAAAUCUUCGCUACGCGAGCAACAUCAUCACCACGUCUCAUCUUCUGAGCCAGAAGCGUAAGGCCAAGGAGGUCAGCAUCGACGACGUUCAGCGCAGCUUCCGGCUAUUCUACGACCCUGGCCGCAGUGUCAAGUUUGUUAACCAAUAUGAGCAACGAUUCAUUGGUGACCAAGGAGUCGUCAGCUUCACUGCUACCGCCAACGGCGAUGCAAUGGAGAUUUCAUAA